AAAGGGUAGCUAUUGAAGUCCAAAAAAGUCGUCGAUACACUGCACAAAGGUUGAGUGGCAUGAAGUAUAAGGUGCAAACUGCUGACAGAAGCUUCAAGGUGGAUCUAGAGAAGAAAAAAUGCGAAUGUCGAGUAUUUCAGCUAGACCAACUGCCCUGUUCUCAUUCAAUCGCUGCAAUAAGUGAAGCCGGUGAUACGAUCGCGGAGUAUGUAGACUCGUACUACACGAAUGACUUUCUUAUCGAUACUUACUCUCGCGAAGUUAAUAAUCUCCCGCCGAGACGCCAGUGGUUGGUUCCCGAGCACAUCGCUGAGCAGGUUGUAUUACCUCUGAUUGUAAAAGGUCAAGCGGGGCGCCCAAAAGAAGGUAGACAUCGAGGUGGUGGUGAAGGCACCAGCACACAAGCCGAUGAGUCUUCUAGUAUCAGGCGUCGUAAACCAAAGAAGUGCAGCAUCUGCCAUGAAGAAGGACACAGCAAGAGAACGUGCGCUGGCAGGGCGACUGAGCCCAGGGAGUAGUGGGAUGUAUUUGUGUGCUGUAACAGUUAAUGAUAUUGAUUGAAUUAUCUUAUUAUUCGAUAA